CUCUCUCUCAUCACCAGCACUCUACAAUACCAUUCCACUCUUUCAACCAACAUCAUCCAAUCUUUCAAAGUCUCCUUUGACCAACUCACAACUACUUCAAAAUGUUCUCCAAGACCAUCCUCAUCACUCUCGUUGCCGUCUCAUCGGUCUUCGCGGCUCCCUUGGAGUCUAGGCAGAUCAACCCCAGUGUUACCCUCUGCAGCAACAAGGACUACAACGAUUGUGACACUGUCCACUUCCACUUUGGCAUCUGCGAGCCUGCUGGGAGACUCAAUGACAAGGUCAGCUCGCUCAACGCCAACGGCCACAAGUGCGUCUUCUACAACGACACCGGAUGCCGCAACGGCGGCGGCCAAAUUGACACCUCUGGGGCGGUCUCCAACAUCCGAACCCACCCCAACUUCUCCACCAUGAACGACGAUGUUUCCUCGUUCUUGUGCACCCUCUGAGUACAUCUGGGUACAACUCCUACGGACUCGCGACAUUGCUCGCAAUUGUUUCCUGUCUCAUUUUCUUAGGAGUAGUUACGUCACAGACGACUUGUGUGGAAGACGCGUCUUUGACUAUGCCAUGUAAUCGGUGGAUAAUAUGGGUCGCGGAUAGUAGUCGGAGUUCUCUUCUUUCACUGUUCGAUGCCUUGUACAUUGGGCGACCGGGCAGUGGGUUUAUUGUGUUGGAACAUAGAGCUUCGGUUGCUGAUAUGGUUACGAACUGACCUCAAGCACCACAAAGCUCUUCAGCUAAUAAUUUACUUUGUUCUCACUAAAGACCCCAUUUCGUGACCCGUUAAGUUCAUAGGAAUUCCAACACACCAGAGCGACGGUCGAAGCCUGAACCCAGAGUGAUCCUUCCACCACUCCAAUCGAGCAUAUUAACCUCAAGGGGCGCUUGGAGGCUGUCAGCAUAUUUCCAACCAGUGGCUGAAGAACCCAAGACCUUGAGAACCUAGCCGCUUGAAGCCCCUUAACAUACCUACCGCAGGAAGCACAGCGUCGAGGCUACGCACAACCAGCCUCCUGUGGCUGAGGUGGGUGCAUGCCGCUUUUGUAAGCGGUCUCAGUCGGCUUUAGAACGCAGCCGGCUACAGCAGCUAUUCUAACUCUCAACCAAGUAUCUCUUUAUAUGGGUCACAAUCCCAUCCCUACGUUCGUGGUCUGUCACAAC